ACACAUCGCUGCGAGGCUUAACUUUAACGCAACGCGGCUCUCACUAAGCCUGAGACUGUAAUAAAAACCAUUUGCGCAUCUGCGGGGCGGGGGGGUUGUAAUUGUUUUUUUUAAGCCUGAUUCUCUCUGAAGAGAAGAGCGCGUACUGUAAAGAAGCGUCUUCCCUCUUCUUCUACUCUCAUUCUGUCAUUCUCUCAACUCCUCCAAUCCCUUCAAAUCGACGCUUCGGAUUCACAACCUCUUGCUGGUUUUCAGCCACACAAAUAUAAGGAAAGAUGUUUGGUUCUACUAACCCUUUUGGGCAGUCAUCUAGUAGUCCAUUUGGGUCCCAGUCAGUCUUUGGACAGUCGAGCAAUGCAGGCAACAAUCCUUUUGCUCCCAAACCUUUUGGUGGUUCAGCACCUUUUGGUGCUCAAACAGGCAGUUCCAUAUUCGGAGGUACUUCAACUGGUGUUUUUGGUGCAACCCAAUCUUCUUCUCCCUUUUCUUCCACGACAACAUUUGGAGCUUCUUCCUCACCAGCAUUUGGAAGUUCAACACCUGCUUUUGGUAGUUCAUCUUCUUCUUUUGGUGGAUCUUCUGUAUUUGGUCAGAAGCCGGUUUUUGGAGCGUUUGGGUCCACAUCUACUCAAACUAGUCCUUUCGGAAGCACAGCUCAACCAUCACAGCCAGCAUUUGGGGGCAGUAUAUUUGGUUCCUCUACACCUUUCGGUGCAUCAAGUCAGUCUGCAUUUGGCGCUACUAGCACCGCGGCCUUUGGUGCAACAAGCACCCCAGCAUUUGGUGGUACAAGCACCCCAGCCUUUGGUGCUACUGGUAACUCAGCCUUUGGUGCCACUGGCACCCCUUCCUUUGGUGCUACAAGCACCCCUGCCUUUGGUGCUUCAAGUACACCUGCUUUUGGUGCAACAAGUACCCCGGCAUUUGGUUCAACAACAAGUCCAACAUUUGGUAGCACUGGGACUGCAUUUGGGGUCUCAAGUGCCCCUUUAUUUGGAUCUGGGGGAGCAUUUGGGGCUUCAAGCAACCCUGCUUUUGGUUCAAGUUCCUCUGCAUUUGGAGCUUCUAGCGCUCCUGGUUUUGGUGCCUCUAGUGCUCCGGCUUUUGGGGCUUCAAGUAAUCCAUCCUUCAGCUUUGCAUCCACACCUGCAUUCGGCCAAUCGUCAUCUACAUUUAGCAGCAGCAGCCCCUUUGGUACCUCUACAUCUCCUUUUGGAGCACAGAGUUCCAUGUUUGGAGCCCAGUCAACAACACCAACAUUUGCAAGCACUGGUUUUGGGCAGUCAGCUUUUGUGGGGCAACGUGGGGGGAGUCGAGUGACUUCUUAUGCACCAACACCUGAACCAGAUAAUAGCAGUAGUGGAGCUGGUGGAGCAGUGGGAAAGUUAGAGUCGAUAUCAGCCAUGCCUGUUUAUAAAGAUAAAAGCCAUGAGGAGCUGAGAUGGGAGGACUAUCAGUUGGGAGAUAAAGGUGGACCACUCCCUGCGGGUCAGUCUUCUGGGAUAAACUUUGGUUCGUCAACUACACAGUCAAACCUUUCGGGUCCUUCACCAACUUUUGGCCAAUCAUCUUCAAGUUUGUUUUCUACGCCAACUUCUAAUUUAUUUGGUCCAAAAACUCCAGGUUUUGCAACUUCAUCUCCAGCAUUUACCUCUUCACCUUUCGGAGUUUCUUCUCCUUCCAACCUUUUCACAUCAACUUCAUUAUCAACGCCUUCAGUAUUUGGGACAACUUCAGCUCCAUUUGCAUCCACUUCAACUCCUUCAUUUGUUUCAUCAAGCUCGCCAGGGUUUGGGCAAUCAGUGUUUACUUCUCAAGUUCAAGGAUCAACCCCGGCAUUUAAUUCUACUGCUAUGUUCAAUUCCUCUACACCUUCAAUUGGACCAGCAGGAACUGGUUUUGGACAAACUACCUCUGCUUUUGGGCCGAGUACAACUUCUUCCUUUGUAACACCUAACAUAUUCAACAAUCCUUCCACUGGGUUUGGAAACAUGUUUUCGAGCACUCCAUCGCUUAGUACUUCAACCAACAAUUUGGGUUUCGGUCAAACGGCUGCUUCUUUUUCUACACCAUUUCCUGCCCAGCCACCUCAGACAACUGGUACUUUUAGCUUUAGUAAUUUUGGUCAGUCUCAGUCAGCCAAUGCAAGUGCUGCUCCAACAGGCAUUUUUGGUCAGAAUAACUUUGGACAAAUGUCUGCCACUCAAAGCUCUGCUGUUGCACAGCCAGCACCAGUUACAAAUCCAUUCGGCACACUCCCUGCAAUGCCUCAAAUGUCAAUUGGUCGGGGUGGCACUGCACCAUCAGUUCAAUAUGGAAUAUCUAGCAUGCCUGUAUUAGACAAACCUGCUCCAGUUAGAAUAUCAUCAUUAUUAACUUCUCGACACCUAUCACAAAGGCGGAUCAGGUUGCCUGCAAGGAAAUAUCAUCCUAAGAAUGAUGGUCCAAAGGUUCCAUUUUUUAGCGAUGAUGAAGAAACAGCCAGUACACCAAAAGCAGAUGCUCUUUUUCUUCCUAGGGAUAACCCAAGAGCACUUGUCAUUUGUCCUACAGAACCAUGGCCUUCGAAGUCUACUUUUGAGAAGGCAUCCCCAAUAAACGAUACUUCUACACCAAUAAAGGAGAAUGGAAAUAGUUUUGAAGCAUGCCCUCCCUCAGGUGGUUCCAACUCUGAGGAUAAAAAUAGAAAUUCACAUGAAGAUGGUCAUUUUGAGGAGCGUCCUCAUGUGGUCGAAGUGAACCAAAAACCUAAUGGAGUUCAUGAUGAUCAUUCUACUCAAAAAGGAGAUUCAUAUAUGACACUGAGUGGGCAUAGAGCUGGUGAAGCUGCUAUUGUGUAUGAGCAUGGUGCAGACAUUGAGGCAUUAAUGCCAAAGCUGCGACGCUCUGACUACUAUACGGAGCCACGAAUCCAAGAAUUGGCAGCCAAAGAAAGGGCAGAACCGGGAUUCUGCCGCCAUGUCAAGGAUUUUGUAGUUGGACGACAUGGUUAUGGUAGCAUCAAAUUCUUGGGUGAGACAGAUGUGAGAAGGCUUGAUCUUGAGUCGCUAGUUCAGUUCAACAAUCGGGAGGUGAUUGUUUACAUGGAUGAUAGCAAGAAACCUCCUGUUGGGCAAGGCCUGAAUAAGCCUGCUGAGGUAACACUUCUUAAUAUUAAAUGCUUUGAUAAAAAAACCGGGCAUCAGCAUACAGAAGGGCCAAAAAUUGAGAAAUACAAGGAGAUGCUGAAGAGGAAAGCUGAGGACCAAGGUGCUGAAUUUGUCUCCUAUGACCCCAUAAAAGGAGAAUGGACGUUCAGGGUCAACCACUUCAGCGAGUACAAGCUAAUCGAUGAAGAUGAAGGCGAAAGCCAAGAGAGGUUGGAUAUGCAUGCUGCCCAAAGUUUCUACCAGGAAAUAGGGUCCAAGUGAUGUGUGGGUAAAAUCAGUCCGUCAUUAAUUGUGUGUUUUUGUUAUGUAUGGGAUUUAUUUGAUUUUGAUUUGUAUAGAAUUUAGCGGAUUUGGUAUGAUCUGUUUUAGUUUUGGCACUGUAUAUCACGAGCGUUGUUGUGUUUUGGAAUUCUGCUUUCAUUCCCUUUUUCGUUAGUUUGCAUUUGGUCAGUUUUUGUUGGUGUCAACUUGCAUUGGAUAAUGGAUAGAAGAAGAUUGGUUGGUCAAA